AUGAGACGUAUGACGACGCUUUCAACUGUUGUCAUUGCCACCAUAACAAUCCUAGUGGUAAUCGUCUCUCCUCCUUCAGCCCAUGGCCUAGGUGGCUCCGCUACCACAGUCGCCGUUAGCUACGGCUCAGCCAUCACCAUUUGUAGCAUAGUCGCCGGACAACAAACCCAGAGAAUUCAAUGCUUUCGAAACGGUCGAGUCACCACCAUUUACCCAGAUAUUUCCUUCGACUUCAUCGCCGGUGGCUAUGAAACUUUCUGCGGCAUAAGGUCCGGUGGGUUCAGCCUUCUUUGCUGGAACUCCUCCUUUCAACCCAAAAGGUUAUAUUAUAGCGAUUUUGUGCUACUUCAAGACCUAUCUGUUGGGGAUUUUCAAAUUUGCGCGGUAACAAAUGGUACACGAAAUGCAAGAUGCUGGAGAGGCGACGCCGUUUCGGUUCAGUUGCCAAUAGGGUCUUCAAAUAUUCGAUCUUUGUCAUCUGGGUUGGGGUUUUCUUGCGGAGUUUUGAUUAAUUCUAGUAGAGUUAUCUGUUGGGGUAGUAACCCAUUUGCUUCUGUUGUUCAGAACCAGUUCGGUAAUAUGCCGAUGAGGAAUAUUGCUGUUGGUGGGAGUCAUGCUUGUGGAUUGAACACAACUGGGUUUUUGAUUUGUAGAGGAAGAAAUGAUAAUGGUCAGUUGAAUGUUCCUUCAAAUUUGCCAUAUGAGUACUCUGGAUUGACACUUGGAGCCAAUCACAGUUGUGCAAUUCGAAGAUUGAACAAUACAGUGAUUUGUUGGGGUGGAAAUGGAAGUUUUUCAAGAAAUUUUACAGAAGGGGUUUCAUUUGAAUCUGUUGUUUCUGGGUUGGAUUUUAGUUGUGGAUUGACUACAAGUAAUUUUUCUAUAGUUUGUUGGGGGCCAGGUUGGUCUAAUGAUUCGUCUUCUUCAGGGAUUGAGCUUCCGUUGCCAAUGACUCUUCCAGGGCCUUGUGUUCAGGAUACAUGUGAUUGUGGUAUAUUUCCUGAGUCUCAGAUUCUCUGUUCUGGUAAUGGUAAUAUAUGUAGACCAUGUUAUUUUACACUUCCAAUCCCACCAACUUCACCACCACCACCACCAACGCAAACAUUUAGUCCCCCACCGGCUCGAUCUAAACGGCUAAGAACGGUUUUAUUGGCUUUUGCCAUUGUUGGAUCGGUUGGGGCUCUUUCAGGCAUUUGUACUAUAAUUUACUGCUUGUGGACUGGUAUUUGUUGUGAGCACAAGAAAAUUUAUAAUUCAGUUCAACCUACUAUUACUAGUUCUAAUGCUGUUCAAGCGUCUAAUAGUAGUCCACCUUCAAGAUCAUCCACUCUUAGACGCCAGGGCUCGAGGUUGAUGAGGCGCCAGAGGAGUGGAACAUCAUCUAAACACACGGAUAUAGCUGAAGAAUUUAUGUUUUCGGACCUUGCUGCUGCCACCAAUGAUUUCUCCAUGGAGAACAAGAUUGGGGCUGGUAGCUUUGGUGUUGUCUAUAAAGGAAAAUUAUGUGAUGGGCGUGAGGUUGCGAUAAAAAGGGGUGAGACAAGUUCUAAGACAAAGAAGUUUCAAGAGAAAGAGAGUGCAUUUGAAUCAGAAUUGGCAUUCUUGUCUAGGCUUCACCACAAACACUUGGUCAGGCUUGUUGGUUAUUGUGAAGAGAGGGAUGAGAGGCUCUUGGUCUAUGAGUAUAUGAAGAAUGGAGCAUUGUUUGAUCAUUUACAUGACAAGAAUAAUAUGGAAAAGAGUAGCAGUUUAGUGAAUUCCUGGAAAAUGAGGAUUAAAAUUUCACUAGACGCUGCUCGUGGCAUUGAAUAUCUCCACAAUUAUGCAGUGCCACCUAUAAUUCAUCGAGAUAUUAAGUCCUCAAAUAUAUUGCUUGACGCGAAUUGGACUGCUAGAGUGUCUGAUUUUGGAUUGUCAUUGAUGGGACCGGAGUCUGGAGUUGACUAUAGGCUGAUGAAGGCAGUUGGGACAGUUGGGUACAUUGAUCCAGAGUCCUAUGGACUCAAUGUCUUAACAGCCAAGAGUGAUGUCUAUGGUUUUGGAGUAGUAUUGCUUGAGAUUUUGACAGGAAGGAGAGCAAUAUUCAAGAAUGAUGAAAAUGGGGGUGCACCAAUGACCUUGGUCGACUAUGCAGUACCAGAAAUUGUGGCUGGUGAUUUGGCAAAGAUUCUGGAUCCGAGGGUUGGGCCGCCGGGGAUAAAUGAAGCAGAGGCGGUCGAGUUGGUGGCAUACACUGCAAUGCAUUGUGUGAAUCUGGAGGGGAAAGAGAGACCAACCAUGGCUGACAUUGUUGCUAAUUUGGAGCGGGCAUUGGUUCUAUGUGAUGAUAGCCAUGGCAGCAUAUCUAGUGGUCCAAUCUCCAUAAUAUCAGAUUGAAAUUCAACCACCCAAAACAAGGAAAAAACUGGUUUUUGUUUAAAUUUUCUAAUUUUUAUUGGAUUUAUGUGGCAUUCUUUUUUGGAGUGUGAAGAAUAGGGUGUUUGAUCUAACAUAAGCUGUAGUACUGUAGGAUUUAGUGAAGACUGACAGCCACAAAAAGGAUUGAAUGAUUCAUUUUGUUUUUUCAAUGAAAG